AUGAGUAAAAAACUAGAGAGUAAUCCACGUAACAUACCAGCAGCACCUUUUGUAAACGAUGUCGUUGAGUACAUUGGUGGACAGGAUGCAGAAGUUGAUAGCGCAUUGAAACAGUUUCAAGAAAUGGCUGCAAAGUAUAGAUACAUGGAAAUAUCUUUACUACAAAAGAAAAAGUCAUUAGACGUUAAAAUUCCUGAUAUAAAGAAGACAUUAGCGAUGGUUAAACAUUUGAAUAACAAUAGAGAAAGUAGCAAUAAGACACUAUUCGAAUUGCACGAUACAUUAUACGCAGAAGCUGAAUUAGAGAAUACAGACGUCGUCUAUUUGUGGUUAGGAGCCAACACCAUGCUUAGUUAUAAAAUACCAGAAGCUAUUGCGCUUUUAGAUAACAAGUUAAAGCUCGCAGAGACGUCAUACAAGAACAGCAACGAAGACUUAGAGUUCAUUAGAGAACAAACUACUAUCACAGAUGUAAAUACAGCUAGAAUAUGGAAUUUUGACGUAAAGAGAAGACGAGAGAAGAGAGAAGUUGAAGAAAAAUAA